AUGGCUUCAAAGGACUCGAAGCCGCGGCGGAAAAGCUCCUUGCUCGGUGAGUUUUGAGAUUUUCAAAUUAUUUUCAAGUAUUUUGUGUUUUCUCUGGUUUUGCUCGGCUUAAAAUGACUUUUUGGAUUGAAAAAGUGAGUUUUUUGCUUUGAAAAGUCUGUUUAUAAGCUUCAAAAUGAGUUUUUUUGUUUAAUAAGUUGUUUUUAAUCUAAAAUAAGAGUUUCAAAGGCAUUAAAAACACUUUACAUAUCAUUUGAUACAUCAAAACUCACUUUCAAAUCAGUUCAGUCAAUGUUAUGUUAUAAAAACCAACUUUUAACUUUCAAAAUCUUGCUCAAAAACAACUUUCCACACGAAAGAUCUUUCCCAAACUCAAGAAAUGUUGUUGUUUAUGCUCUUCAAACCCCUGAUAACUGCAGAGGCAGGUUGCGCAACAUUUGUGAAAUUAAUAAAGUUUCACGGUGUUUGCCCCCGGAAUCUGGUUAGAAGACGCGGAGAAGAGAAAGUUGUAAACAACUCGCAGACAGACACUCGGGGUGGGGCUGGCAGCGCAAAAACAACCCCCCUCCCGUUCUGUAGUCUCUUUUCGUUAAAGUGCACUCGACGUUUCUCUGCACUUUCGUCUCUCUCUCUUCUCCUCAGGGCUCCACCAGGCAGGAGGGGGGAGGGGGGGGCGUGUGGGUUAGUUUUGGCAGUCAAGGUGCGUUAUAUUCACGCCAGAACGGCCCGGUCAUUUAUUGCCAUUUAUGUCGCCGUUAAUUGCCAUGCAUACCUUUGUUUAGGCUUUGUUUUAGCUCGAAUGGGACAAGUUGGCCUGUUCAAACAUUAGAGGUGGCUACGGGGAACGCUAGGGGGAUUCAGGAGAAAGGUUGGAGGAAAAAGAAAGGGCCUGAUGUUGCUUUCGUUGAAACACUUGUUUUUGGGCUAUCGGUUCGAUUGUUAGCUUAUGUUAUGAUGCCUAUCGUGUCAUCUUCUCUGGUCUUUAGCUUGUUUUGAUGACAUUUUGUGUUAUUUUUGUUAUUGGCCAUUUUUAAAAGAGAGGGAAAACUUGUGUUUAAAUUAAGAAUUUGCUCUUGUAGCUCUUUCGAUAUUAUUUUUAAUUUUUUUGUGAAAGGGUCCGGUUAAUGUUUUUGUUUAUAUAAUGCAUUUACUACUACAAAAAUGAUUUUGUAAGGUUAUAGUGUCAUAAUUUCAAGUUAUUUCUCUAUUAUCGGAUGAUAUUACCCUAUUACACAUCAUUUUAUAACCGUCCGACCUUAACAAGAACUUAUUGUUUUUAUCAUAACAGAUGAAGUUGUUGUUUGUCGCAGUCAUAUUAAAACCAUGUACAACAUCAGACUGCUCACAGAAUGAAGUGGUUCUUUUCAGAUUGGUCGCGGCUUUCAUCGACCGGUUUCGCUUCGUUCGCGGCUUCGUUGUCGACCCAGCCCAAUCAACAGUACGGCUCCACGCAGUCGCUGAGCAAAGAGUCCGACAGUCAGUCGAUCAGUGCUAUGCCCCCGCCCAGUUCGGGAUCCAUCUCCAGUUCAGAACGAGUACAAGCCAUGAGUCACGGUUCCAAGCACAAGUACCGCCAGAGGGGUGAUGUCACCAUGUCAGGGUGGUUGUUCAAGAGGGGGAAUCACAUCAAGAACUGGAGGAAGAGGUACUUUGUGCUGUUCAAGGAUGGUACUCUGCUGGGGUACAAGAAUGAAGUGACGGACAACUUUGAGGAUCCAUUGAAUGAUUUUACGGUGAAGGAUGUGCAGGUAGGUUUCUUUCACAAAUGUCACCUUGAAGUUAGAAAAACACAUAGUAAUAUUGAUUUAGUAUUAUGAACUUUUGCAAUAGGUUAGUUGUAUUCUAAGCUGUAGAUUAAGCUUACUUAAGUUUUUAUGAGCACCGCUUUCGGCAAUAGUUCCUUAGGUCUUUAUGACUUGUUUUUGUCAUAAAAUUGGUUUUGUGGACACACUUUCCUGUAAACUGUCCUAUAAUUUUUGCCAAUUUGAGCAGCCAAAACAACAUAUUUUGAUAAGCGACCGUCUUAUUCUUACUGUCGUAUUUUCGAAAAUACUCCGACGAUCUUUAAGGGAAAACAUGCUCAAAUUUAUUUGUCAGGAAAACAGCUAGCCGGCUGGCAUGGGGGGUAAACAGCAUGGUAUUCUAACAUAACAUAUCUUAACUUAUUUCGACUUCAAGUUUGUAUAUUGAGGUGGUUGUCGUAUGUUGAUUAGGUUUGUAUAUCUUCCGAACUGUUAGUAUUUUACUAUAGUAUUGUUGCUUACUAUUUUGUUCUGAUUUUGGCUGUGCAUGUUGUUUUAGAUAUCAUAGGUUGAAAGGGUGUUUAUAUUAUGCCAUAAUGUAUUUAUUAUGGCUGAUUUUACCGUGAUAUACUGUUAUUACAAUGUUAAUGUUUGUAUCUCACCAUAGUAAAUAUAUUCAUAUACCAACGCAAUAACCACCAUACAACAUCUCGUACGUAUCUGUUCUGUUUUGUACUGUUAACACACUUUCAAGUGUCCUAUUCUGGUUAUUGGGCCCUAACUGUAGACCACUUGGCCAUUCGACCAAAAGUCGACGACUUAUGUGAUUGUAAACAAAGGCCUCUUUAUGGUGAUCAAGUUGUUUUUCGGUGCCAUUCUGUCGCUCUGUUUAUUGUUUUCUCAACGUCGCGACAUAACAAAAAACAAAAAAGUUCGAUGACAUGGAUAGACAGUUUAAUACCGUCGCGUGUGUAGGUGUAGUUGUGAAAUGAUUGUAGAUAUGGCUACAAUUCGAAGGAAAUUAAAUUUUUGAAAAAGUCUGAAAAAAUUGAAAUUAUAGGGAAAAUUUUGAAAAAACUUUCAAUUUUUUAAAAAUAUUUGAACAAUUUUUGAAAAAGAAGCAUUUCUAUAAACUUUUUGACCGUAAAAAGAAUUUCGAUAUAUGAUCAAUUAUUAUGGAGCUUCUAUAGUACCCUAAAGGAAGCUACUUCAGUUUAGAACCUAGCAUUAUCCUACAAUAAUAUACUCUUUCAUGAUACUAUUAUAUUAUACUAUACUAAUAGUUCCUGACUCCAAACUAUUCCAAUCACCAGCUCUUUUAAGCUUACCCUACCCUCUCCACCCUUGACCUAUGGUCAUCAUAACGUUAUUAAGUGGUCUAAGCAAUUAGAAUUAGCCUUUGUUGAUUAGAUUGGUCAUAUUCUCGCACGCUGACCGCCGUUCCGUGCUUGUUUUUGUUUUUGUCGCUAUAUCUGUGUUUUCAAAAACAUACCUGGGUUUAUUAGCCAUCUCGAUAAUUACAGUAGGCUGUUGUUGUUGUUACAGUAGGUGUUAUUGUUUUGGUGGUCGGUGGUUUGAUGUCAUUUUUGUUACAGUAGGAAUAUAGUUGUUUUGAUUACUGUAGGAUGUGUUACAGUGUUUUUAACUUUGAUCAUUGUCAUGGUUAAUAUAUGUGACUUAUCAAUUGAUAUGGUGGUGAAGUUUUACUAUUACGCAAACUUUUUAAAGCCAAAAUUAAGUUACAGUACUCCUCUUUUUAAGUCUAACAAUUAGUCCUAUUAAGCCACCACUAAUAAGCCUGGCGUUGUUGUUGUCGGUGGGGGUGUAGCCUGUUAUUGUAGACGGGUGUUGAUAAAUUAACAAUGUUUUGUUGUGAUAUAGACAAUAACAGUAAAUAAAAAGUACUAUUUACUGUGCUACAAUCCCAAUAACAUUCCACUUACCAAAAUAUUUUCUAUUUACCGUAGCGGUUACUGUAAUCCCCGGUGUUUUCGAAAAUAAUUGAAAUCAUCGCGAAAUAAUCGGCUAGCCACCCCCUCCCCUGCCCACCCCCUACCGAAGCCAAAGUAAUUCUCGAGGGUCGCGCGACAGCGAUGGGCGAUAAACAACAACAAGAAGGGUUGUUGUUGAUGAUCAUAUACACAGGGCCAUCACAAAAAUAUCCGCUUGUUUUCGCUGAAUCUAGAGGGCGGGGUAGGUUGUUUUUGGGACCGGUCAACUUCCCUCAACAAGCAGCGGCACUUCGACUAAACGCCCGCUGGCAUUAGGUCGCUAGUUGGCCUUCUGGGGAUAGGCGCGGUUAAGGGAGCUGGCUUGAGAUAUGUUAUGAGAUUUGUUACUGUUGAGAGUAACUACGGAAAAGCAUAGGUGUUUCAUUGUCUUUACAAUGUAUUUAUAUAAUUUACGUAUCAGUACCUCAACUCAAUUAUCAUCAACUGAAAUCGACCUCAUUUUAGGUAAUGCGUGCAGAAAAACCCCGGCCCAACACGUUCCUCGUGCGCGGUCUACAGUGGACCUCCGUAAUCGAACGUAUCUUCUGUACGACUAGCGCAGAAGACCGUGAACGGUGGGUAGACGGUCUCCGGAACGUUGCCGAAGCCAUCAAGAGUGAUCCGAACGGUCUUGGAAUGAUGGACGUGACUCAACUCCCGCUCGACACUCAGCCACGGAUGCAGAUGGACGUGACCAGCACAGCACCCUCCACUUCAGACAUGUUUGGUACCACUGUAGCUGAUGCUGGCGCUCGUCAACAGAAGGAGCAAGAGCAACAAGAUGCCAUGGAGAUCACGGAGAUCGACGGCAGGAGUCAGGAACAUUCGUUGAUCACGUUGAACGACUUUGAGUUCUUGAAAGUACUAGGCAAAGGCACUUUUGGUAAGGUGGUACUAAGUCGAGAGUUGCGUACCAACCGUCUUUAUGCCAUUAAGAUUCUGAAGAAGGAGGUCAUAUUGGCCAAGGAUGAGCUACAGCAUACGAUGACAGAGAACAGAGUGUUACAGCGAUGUAAACAUCCGUUUUUAACUGUAAGUAAAUUAAAAAUAUUUUUAGCAAGACUAUUUAAAUCUCUAAUUAGGCAUAGUAUUUUAAACUUCACAUGUCACAAUCAAUAUUAUGAUUACGAUUCCUUCAUAAAAACUAAAAUAAACCCCAAAUACUACAAUAUAAUUCCCUUUCAGGAACUGACAUACUCCUUCCAAACAGUAGAUCGCCUCUGUUUCGUGAUGGAGUUCGCCAUCGGUGGUGAUCUCUACUAUCACUUGAACCAAGAGGUCCAGACCAAGAAGGAAGGCUUCACAGAAGACCGUACCCGCUUCUACGGUGGGGAAAUCGUCCUGGCCUUGGGCUACUUACACGACAACAACAUCGUAUACCGCGAUCUCAAGCUAGAAAACCUCCUGUUGGAUCGCUACGGACAUAUCAAGAUCGCCGACUUUGGCCUCUGUAAAGAAGACAUUGCCUUCGGGGAUCGUACUCGCACCUUCUGUGGCACGCCAGAGUAUCUAGCGCCAGAAGUGCUUGACGAUAACGACUACGGGCGGUCGGUGGAUUGGUGGGGAUUGGGCGUGGUAAUGUACGAGAUGAUGUGUGGGCGGCUACCGUUCUACUCGAAGGAGCACGAGAAACUGUUCGAACUGAUCCUGUCGGGCAACAUCAGAUACCCAUCCAAGUUGUCUCAAGAAGCCCAGAAUCUGCUUUGUAAUCUACUAGUCAAAACUCCUAGUCAUCGGUAAGAAUGAUCUACUUAAACUAAUAUAUAAAACGGUAUAAACGACUAAAAUAGCUCAUUGGCCGGGACAGAAAACCCGCCUAAAGGCAUAUAUUUAUAUUCAGGCCUUAUAAAAAAUUAAAAUCUUAAAAUACGAUGACUAUAUAACAAUUUAAUUUUAAUGAUUUCAGCUUGGGUGGAGGUCCGAACGACGCCCGUGACAUCCAAGCACAUCCAUUCUUCCGACCGGUCAAUUGGGAGAUGUUAUACCGAAAGGAAAUCACCCCGCCAUUCAUCCCCCAACUCAAAUCUGACACUGACACAUCGUACUUUGACGCUGUAAGUUUCCUGUUUAAAAUAUAAUAUAUGCUUUGGGUUUAUCACCUAAACUUCGAUCAAUUUAGUUAAUAACCAUAAAUUAGGUAACAAAAUUAAGGCUUGAAUCAGCUUUGGCACUGUCUAUUAUGCCCAUAUCAAAAGUUAUGCUUAAUCAAAGAAGAUAUUGCCAUAAAACCUUGUUACCUAAACAUAAUUUCAGGAAUUCACACGUGAGAACGUCCAACUGACCCCGCCCCUCCACCGCGACGGCUCCUUAUCAGUGGUGAGCGAGUUGGAGGAGAUGCAACAGAACUUUGUCCAGUUCUCCUUCCACAACGUGUACCAGAGCCCGGAGGAGGACUCGAUGAUGCGCCACAUCCCUCACAUCCCCUGA